UAAGAAGUCAUUCGGGAAACACAUUUUUUUACCAUAUGAGUACGCAUAAGGAUGUAUACAUUUAGAAAAGAUGCCUCGCGUUUCAUGUUCGAUCGUAGCCAUGAAGGACGUCGAUGAGCCUGCCAGCCGAUGAAAUGCAGGAGGAUGCGAUUGGUCAAAAUAUACGUCACUCAUCCCCUGUGUUACGUUGCACUGCAGCUAGAAGCCAGUGUAGAGAUCCACAGUACACGCUUUGAAUGAAAGUCGUCAAGGGUUCCAGACUGAGACCUCCACCAUCUGACAAUACACAAACACUGCCAUCAUUGAAAUUUUUUGUCAGUCUAUGUAUUCAGUCUGACUGCAAAACUUGUUCUAGGCAUUCACUUUGACAACGUUUCCAAGGAGAAGUGCCCGUCUCUGUGUCGAAGAGUGUGUGUGGCGAUGCAGCGGCUCACGGCGCAGCUCUUCGCCGGGCUGGUUGCCGCGGUGCUGUCCGUGCUGUUUGUGCAGUGUUGGGCGGACGGCGGCGGCCCCAGCCUCUCCGAAAGGGUGAUCUGGGCUGUCAAUGCCGGAGGGGAGUCGCACGUCGACGUGCACGGUAUUCACUUCAAAAAGGACCCUUUAGAAGGCAAACUUGGUAAAGCGUCUGAUUAUGGGAUGCGUCUGCCAAUCCUUCGCUCCAGUCCUGAGGAUCAAGUUCUCUACCAGACCGAGCGCUACAAUGAAGACACUUUUGGAUAUGACAUCCCAAUACGUGAGGAAGGCGACUAUAUACUCGUAAUGAAGUAUGCAGAGGUUUACUUUGCUCAGUCUCAGCAAAAGGUAUUUGACGUUCGACUAAACGGCCACGUGGUGGUGAAGGACCUGGACAUCUUUGAUCGAGUGGGUCACAGUACCGCACACGAUGAAAUUGUAGCGUUCUCCAUUCGACGCGGCAAGCUGAGUGUUCAAGGAGAGGUGUCGACAUUUAACGGCAAGCUCACGGUGGAGUUUGUAAAGGGCUACUAUGAUAACCCCAAGGUCUGCGCGCUCUAUGUAAUGAAGGGGACACCAGAAGAUGUACCGAAACUCCAGCCUCACCCUGGCUUGGAAAAGCCCGACAAAGAGGAGGAAGAAGAGGAAGACGGUGAUGAAGGAGACGACGUGGGCAAGAAGAAGCUCCCACCAGAUUCCAAGCCCCGGGUCCAAUCGGGACCCCGAACGCCGAACCCUUACGCUGCCGACAACAGCAGCCUCAUGUUCCCCAUCCUGGUGGCAUUCGGCGUCUUCAUCCCCACUUUGUUCUGCCUUUGUCGGCUGUGAGACGACUGAACGGACACGAGACUAUGAUAAGGGAGGGGAGGGCGGGGGUUUCGAGGAGGUCAAACUUACACACGACUCGGAGGAAAUACGGACCACGGAGGACAUUAAAACAGCAAGUGCAGGAGGAUGGCGAGCAGAGUGAAUGUUUGCCUUCCACCUUCUCUCUGCUUUGAACGACAUGCUUCAUCCAUUUCAAUUCCUGGAUGAAGUCUUUGGCCGCUGUACCAACUUUUUAGAAUUUUGCACGCAGCGUGGGGAAAGAAACACUUUCGUCAGACACACAUCAUCUGGCCACACAUGAGAUUAGGAACAGGCUCCAUAUGGAAUAAACCACAAAAUGAACUAUGGGAAUACAGCCACCAUCUUUUUUGCUACUUGCCUUUCUGUCAACUUAGUUCAUUGUACACGUGGCGUCAUCUUAACAUGCUACGGAGAUGAGCAUUUAUUCAAUAGUCUUAUUAUCCAUACACUGUUACGCUCUUUGUUCUCACUAAUAAGACAAUCCAGUCUAAUUAACCAUUUUCCCACUACUGCCUUUGACUACAACUAGUAGGACUACUUCUAGUAUGUGACAUAUGCCUACUCAUUGGACGGAGGGGUGUUACUAGUAAACCACGAAUUGACUAGAAAGGUUUAACUGUAUACAAAUAGGCCAAAAGUGACAGAUGCCGGUGAGUGGGGGAAUAAAAAGUGCUAGUAAGGCUGCAUAUUUCGUCUACUUGGAUAUUAUGAUAACUGUCAAGGAUAUGGACUACGUGUAAAUGUUCAAACAACUUUCUAUAAGAUGGAGACCUCAGGAGUGUCCCAGUCACACUAGUUGGAAUGGAUUUGAAAAGGUCUGUGGGAACCCGUCACCUGGUCCUUUAAUCUUUAAAGCUCGGAAUAACAUACUAACUGUAACUACCAGUGGACUGCAUAUUCUAAGUUGAGCUAUUUAAUAAGAUGGGCACAGGAACAUGGAGACAUUUUCUGCAAAUUUGCAAGGUUUAAUCUGUUCAAAAUGGUUCCCGGAGGCACCGCCACACAGGAGGGCAGAUCUUUUAGCCUGUGUGUGAUGAUGUGUGACUCCACUGUCUUAACUGGUUCCAAGUAAAUGUGUGGCGCUAAGGGUGCCAUAAAUAAAUUGCAGAGCCAGAAGAAAUAAGGUCACAGCGACCCAACGGGCAUAGCUCACGUCCCCCCCAUCUUAUUGUGUCAAAGAGUCCAAAUCUUACCAGAUCCAAAGCCACACAUUAGGAUGACGUCAUCUUUGUAUUUCACUGUUAUUGUCCUUGUCUGUUUUGAACUAGCUUCCAAAGUCAAAGCUCACCCUUAAGUUGGUAGCAAAACAAGAGGGGAGUCUGUAUUCCCUUGCAUAUUUAGUUGUUUGCUGUCAUGACUUCUUUGUUGAACAUGAAGUGGCGGUGUUUAGUUCCCAGAAGGAGCCUGUGGCCGUCGUCAUUGUGCUUGUCUUCCAUCCCUCAAGUGGCUCGAGUGUGUCUUACAUUGACAAGAAGAAAGCACAACAUCACUGUUGGUUCCAUGCAAAUGUUUACUCCAAGUCCCAGCAGCCUUUUAAAAACCUCUUGUCUUAAAUCUUUCUUAAAUGUCUGGCCUGCUCAGUUUUUUUUACCCCUCAUACCAAUGAGAACUUUGAUGCUUAGUUCAGCUGCAGUUUGUGGUUGUUGAGCAAACAUUUUUAUCUGUGAAAAAUAUUUAAUACCCAUGGCCUCAUUACCAGAGUAAUUUUUGUUUUAGUUUCAACCCUCAGACAUGACUAAAGUCUUAGUUGUGUUUGAAAACGUUUAGCUAAAAUUUUUCUACAUUUUUUUUUCUUUUUUUUUCUUUUCAACCAAAAUGAGUCUUAACCUGUCAGUUUCUCUUGCAUCCAACCCAGUUACAAAUUCAUAUGCUGCGGGUCCUCCCUUGCUUCUCUUUUUUUUUUUUUUUUCCUGAAUAUGGAGAAGUUCAUGUGUUGCCAUUUUCUUUCCUAGCUUUUUGAAACUUUUUGUUUAAAGAUGUGAACAUUAUCUUUAGCCAUCUGGAAAUGUUGCAUUCUAUGGUCACGUGUGUAUAUAUGGUUCAGGAUCACAAAGUUUCAUUCAAUGGUUCUCACUUUUUUUGUUGAAACUGAUGUGUUGGGGCUUUAUUAUUUGUUCCACUUUUAAAGAAACCUGUGGCUUUUUUUUAAAAGGGGAACGGCUGUUGGGACAGUAUGAAACAACAACAAAAGAUUAAUAGACAGGCAAAUGAAAUGGCUGUCAAAAUUUAAUAAAUUGACUUGUAAGGAAAAUGUGAGCUCUUCCACUUGCUUGUGUAAUUUAGAUCCGAGUGAAGCUGAUUUGGAAUUAGUGUUUGAAAUGUUGCCUCAGGAUGUCUUUUGAUUGGAGUAGUUAAACAUGUUUUAUUAGUGUGACAUUUUGCACUGCCUUGUGUGUCAUUGUUGUUGCCUUGAAUUCUUGAAUACAUUGUGCUUUACCAUCAUUAGCCUUCUUUUCCCUCUUGUGCUGUGUUAUCAUUCCACACAAAUUGACUGGAGUGAAGGAAGCUUCAUCCGUCAAUGGAAUUUAAUUUAUACUCGGUCAAUUUGUUCCAUGAGUAAAUAUGAGGAAAGUGGGAGACUUCUGUGAAAUGUACGUCCAACACCACUUUUAUUUUUACACAUUGGUCCCGGUAUCGUUUGUUGAUCGCACUCAUAAAAGCACGGGAGUGGAAUGAAGAUCUGCUCUGUGUCUUUUCACAUUAGAACCAAAGACUCACUGCGUCACUCCAUCCAAUCUCUUCUCUCAAUCUCUUCUUAAUUAAGGCGUCCUAUCAUUCUGCUUUUUUGCUUAUCUUAUUAACUCAAUCACCGCCAGUCCAGUUCAAAUGGAUGUUUGGCUUGCAUUGCUCUCAGUGGCAGUGAAUGAGUUAAGUGUUCAAUAAAUCAGGGAACUAAACCUCAGUCACUCUUCUCAAAUCAGAUUAUUUUAAACUGCUCUGUAAUUAAGUGGACCUUGUCUCUUUUGUGAUAUACUGUACCUCGAUUUGCCCAGUGCCCCGCUCCGCCUUUGUUAUUUUCCAAUCAACUGUACAGUAAAUGUGAGGUGAAUUUAAACAGAGACAAAUUUACACAGCAAAACCCCACCGCCGUCCAGGCAGCACAAAAGUCUGUCACCAACCUUAAUGUGAGCGUGUGAGAUGGCCCGUGUAUGAUCCGACUGUAUGUAUGAACAUGUUUUGGAUUUACAAAUUGUCAUGUGGGGGGCCUCCUGAAGGGCAGCAGCAGGCGGACUGAGAAAUGUGCUCAAGUCUACUCUUGCGUCCUACGUCUGCAAAGUGACAAAAUGCUGAUCAAUGCUGUUUCUUUUUAAUAAAUCGAAUAUUUUAUCAGA